AUGGCAGAUCCAAAUGAACAAUUAACAGAAACACCCAACACCACCACAACCACAACAACCACUCGAUCAACGGCAUCUACAGAUCCAACAUCAACAACAACAACAACCACAACAAAUGAUCUUACAAUGAACGAUCUCGAAAGCAAUAAUGAUAAUGAUUCAAUCCCAUCAUAUUCUACCUUGUUUCCUGAUAUCGUUCCUACAGUCACACGCCCAGACUCACUCCCGUCGGAUGUAUUCCAAGCAACCCUGAUCGCAUCCAAGACUCCGAUCUCUUCCUCUAUCGUACCUGGUCAACUAGAGAACAAACACUAUUUGAUAGAUCAGAAUUAUAACUAUCUAUUCUUUGUAUAG